AUGGAUAAAGGUCAAUUGAAUUCUGAAGUGUUUCUUGAUUUGGCGAAGGCAUUUGAUACCGUGGAUCAUGAGAUUUUGUUGAGCAAACUUCAGAUUUAUGGAGUUGAUUCAAUGAGUCUCAAUUGGUUUAAAUCGUAUCUAUUUGACCGAAAACAAAAAUGUAAUGUAAAUGGUCUAGUAUCGAGUGAGCGCUCGUUGCUAUGUGGGGUACCUCAAAGAUCUAUUCUUGGUCCUUUGCUAUUUCCUGUUUACAUUAAUGACCUUCCUUCUUGUCUGCAACAUUCUACAGCACGAAU